AAAUUUCAGAAUUGAAUUUGUUGUUUUUAUAACUUUUCAAACAUGGGGAAAAAGCAACACCAGAAAGAUAAACUAUAUUUGACAACUACCGAAUGGAAAGAAACUUAUGGCGGUCACAAAGAUGAUACCGGUAGGCGCAUGCAACGUGCUUUAUUUAAGCGUCUGCCAAUUACGCAUUGCUCUCUGUCACUACUACCGUUUGAGGAUCCCGUUUGUUCACGGGAUGGAAUCAUUUUUGAUUUAACACAUAUUAUCCCGUAUUUAAAAAAGUAUGGUAUCAAUCCAGUGACUGGCAAAAAAAUGACUGCAAAAGAGUUGAUUCAGCUGAAAUUCGAUAAAGAUGCUGAUGGUAAUUUUCGAUGUCCUGUUACGUUUCGUAUCUUCACACCCACUAGUCAUAUUGUGGCUAUCUGCCAAACAGGAAAUGUUUAUUCAUUUGAAGCGAUCGAAGAACUGAACUUGAAACCCGGACAUCUGAGAGAUCUUCUAACCGAUGAACCAUUUCAAAAGAAGGAUAUCGUUACCCUGCAGGAUCCAAAUCAUUUGGAAAAGUUCAACAUUGAACAAUUCCAUCAUGUAAAACUAGAUUUGAAGACGAAAUCUGAAAUUGAAGCUGAAAAGAAGGCCAUGGAAGAUCCGAAAUUUUAUAUUCGACGAAUGAAUAACGAAACUAAAGAAGUUUUGGAAAAACUGGCAAAAGAAUAUGUCCCAGCAAAAACUGAACAAAUAGAAGAAGAAGAAGCAGAUGAACUCAAUGCGGCACAUUACAGUCAAGGUCGUGUAGCUGCAGGAUUUACAUCGACGACGAUGGAGCCUGUAACACAUCAGAAAGCAGCUACACUUGAUGCUGAUACCGUCAAAUAUGCGAGAGUAAACAAGAAUGGUUAUGUAAGAAUUAUAACUAAUUAUGGUGCAAUAAAUCUUGAAUUAUAUUGUAAAGAUACACCAAGAGCUUGCGAGAACUUUAUCAAACACUGCAGGAAUGAUUACUACAACAAUACCAAGUUUCAUCGGAUCAUCCGCAACUUUAUGAUGCAAGGAGGAGAUCCGACAGGUACCGGUAAAGGGGGUGAUUCUAUUUGGGGAAAACCUUUUAAAGAUGAAAUUAUACGAUCACUUAGCCAUAAUCAACGCGGCAUAUUGAGUAUGGCGAAUCAGGGAACAGAUACGAAUAAAUCGCAGUUCUUUAUAACUUUUCGAUCAUGCAGUUACCUGGACGGCAAACAUACUAUUUUUGGACGUGUUGUGGGUGGUACCGAAACACUGAACACUAUUGAAAAGAUUGAAACUGAUGAAAGCAGUCGUCCAAUUGUAGAUGUGAUUUUUCUUAAUUCAGAAAUUUUUGUUGAUCCUUUCGAAGAGGCUGAAGUAGCGGUGGAGAAAGAAAGGGAAAAUAUUCGUUUAGCGAAGAUCAAUCAAGAAAGUGAAGCAGUAGUAAGUGCGUCAUCUGCAGAAAGGCAAAUUCCAAAACCGAAUAAAUAUGGUGUUGGCGUUGGAAAGUACAUAAAUUUGCCGGAACUAGCUGCCACAACGAAGCGCAUGGCGAACGACACCACUGAAUCCGGCAAAGCUAAAAAGAGUGUCAAGCCAAAUCAGGUUUUCGGUGACUUCUCAUCCUGGUAAAAAAAGUCGCUUGAGUUGAAGCUUCCAGAAAAUUUUGAAGACGGUUCGUAUCUCAUUCAUUUAUGAAUGGCAUGGAAUGCCAUGCAAAACUGUAGGUAAAAUCAAGUAAUGUAUGAAAUAAAUGCUGAAAGAAUUUAUGGAAUAGUGCACUACAUAUAUCUCUUUAACUGCCUACCUAUUUUCGAAAAGCUUCCUAUGUCAAAGAAUGUGUAUAGACUUAAUGCGUUAGCCAUUGUUUUGUAACCAUAAUUUAUUCACAACAGAUGUACAUGAACUGGACGAGGAAAAUAAAAAAACAUCAGAAGUUCAACUGAAUGUAGAGUGACCAUAAAAUUUUACGAGAGGAUCAAAAAGUUACAAUUUUACCGUGUUCGGUGCGCACGUAUGCAAUAUAGGAAAAAAGCACAUAACUUUCAGAGCCAAUCAGUUUUGAAUUAAUGGGAAAAAAAAGUGAAAAUAUGAAAUUACGUGAUGUGACAUCACGCGAGGUACUGAAUGUAUCUCAUCCUUUCUCGCCAAUGAGUACUAUUAUGUACAUAGCAAAAAUUCAUCUGAGAAUCAACUACCUAACCUAUACAAUGAAACAAAAUGAAGCUCCAGAACAGAUAAUUUAUCGUACAUUAAAUUAUGAAUAUCCUUUUAUUGGCAGUUUACGGCCAGAGUCCAUAAUAAUUGCUGAGUAUCA